CCGACUUCGUACGACUUUUGGUCGUGCGUAAUCGUGCGACUACGCAUGAACAUUCCCGACAGUAGAAAUAUAAUGAGCGCUCUCACACUGCAACCGACUUAGUCGUGCGUCUGCGUGCGUUUGGAUCCGAACUGCGACUCGAUCCCGUCUAGCUGGGAUUCUCAAUCGACUUGGUACGACCUUUUAUAGAAUUGAGUAUCUUGUACAGUGUUCCAAACUGAGUGUUUGCAGAGUUUGUGUGUAUUGUUUUAUUCAAUAUGGAUACGGAGAGUUUGAUUAUGUUGAUCCAAGAAAGGGAAAGCCUCUGGAAUCAAAAGAGUGAAUACUAUCAUUCAAGAGAUGUCCAACGGCGCCUAUGGAACGAAGUUGCCCAAGAAUCAAAGAUCAAAGUUGAAGAAGUUAAGAAGAAAUGGAGAGGUAUACGAGACAUUUUUAGGAGGGAAUUUAAAAGAGCUAAUGCGCAUAAAUCUGGUGACCCAGGAGAAGAUUAUAUCCCUAAAUGGCCGUAUUACAAAAUCAUGUUGUUUCUAAAAGAUACAAUUACUUCAAGAGACUUGACAGGUAGCGUCCCAUCUGAGGUUGAUGAACGUGAUGAGUCAGAGCUUGACGUUUUAAGCGAGUUUCCCCCAGAAAAUGAUAUUGCGACCUCACCACAAAUUUCGUCACCAUCAACACAAACAAAAAUACCCUCCCGGACUGUCUUCAAGUCACCACCGAAGAAAGCAUCCAAACGGCCCAAGGAGACAUCUACUAUUGACGACAAACUUCUCAAAAUUGAAGAAGAAAAGCUAAAACUUUUUAAAGGGAAUAUGGCUGAUAGCGAAAUGCAGUUUUUGAUGAGUCUGUACCCUUUUCUAAAACGGGUACCCCCUGCUCGUCAGCUGGCAGUACGUGCAAGUAUUAUUCGAGUGAUUGAUGAUGAAAACACUCAACAGUAUUCCCCGAGCCCUUCCUUCCACUCAUCUAGUGCUGAUGAAUGUCGAAGUCAUUCCUCAUCUUCAAGUAUGAAUUACAUGGUCCUACAAAACGCUACAUCAUCUAAUCAACAGGGGCUUCAAACGUAUUUUGAAGAUUUCGAUCCUACAAAAGUUCAUCUCUAAAGAUUAAAAAUAGCCCAAUAAGUGGACCUGUUUGGUUUAUUGUUUAAAAAAAUAUUUACAUAUCUCUGAGUUAAAAAAUGUGUCAAAUGGAAAAUGUGCAGUAGAGUUUAGUACCCUAAAACACAUUUAUAUAACUUUUUAUGAUCAGACAUUAUUAUUUUUUCUAUGUUCAGGAAGAUUUAUAGACACAUAAGAGUUAUUUUUAAUUUUUGGACAUUUUUGACCAUUUUCAGUUUAUAAUAGCCUUAAUACGUAGAGUCCAAUUUAUUAACUACCAAAAUGUAAACAUAGUUAAAAUAAUAGUGAAAAAUACAAGUAAACACAGUAGAAAUGUUGUUUUAUUGACUACUUACCUCAGUGUAACAGCCAAACGCUCUUCCGGUGAUAUCACUUUGCGAAAGUUGCUGUGUUUUGUCAGCCCUGUAUUAACUUGUUCCAGAAUAUAGUUGAAUGUGUCCAAACUCAUACGGAAGUAGUCAAAGAAUUUUUCCGGAUGAUUUUUCAAAUCACUCAUUAAAUGGUGAAACUCU